AAUAUAUAAAUAUAAUCACAACCUGCCCCCUUACCCCUCCCUUCCUCCUCGUUUUGAUUCAGUCUGUGUAGCCUACACGCAGGAGGAGAGCAUCCGCCGCACAGCAGAGCCAAGACAGUCUUGUCUACAGAGAGAGAAAGAGAGGUGGGGAAAACAGCUGCAAGCGGAUUCUCACCAUCAACAAGCUGUAUGAGGAAUCUUUGAAACAGAAGAAGAGAUUGAGCGAGGGGAUUUCUUACGCUUUCCCCCUCCUCCUCCUCCUCCUCCUCCUCCUCCGCUUUUUGAUCCAAAGAACAGAGGCGUGGAGCUUGCAAGAAUAUCCUACAAGUGGUGAAGCGAUGCUUUAGCGGAGCAGAUUGUUUUUCUCCACAACACGCCCGCCCAACGACACUGUAAUUCCGAGAAGCAAAAACAUCUGUGGACGCUUUCUGCAGGGGAGAUGGCUGUUUUCCGGCUGUCGUUGCUGCUGCAAGUGGGAUUUGUGAUCGGAUCAAACCAUAGAUACGCGGAAUGGUCAGCACAUGGGAGAGAUAUCAGGGCACGGGAGGAGAUUCACGGCGCUCAGACGCACCGUCGGCAGCUGGCGCAUCUCCGCGCGUCUCACCACCCACCCGGGGAGACGGCAGAGCCAUCCCCGCAGAAAAUCGAGGAGCAUCUCCCCAGGGUGGUCACGGCUUUUCUUCACACGGGAGACUCGACCACCUUGAAGCACGCCAACUGCUCGCGGAGAUAUGAACUCACCUCUCUGCGGGGAAGGUCACAAAGCACCCCGCAUUACUCCAUGAGCGGCGUGCUGGAUACGGUGCUGCACGCCUCAAACUUCCUCAGCAUGAUCCUGCAAGCCAACAGGUCCAGGGAGCACAGUCUCCGGCGAGACAUUGAGUGGUACCAUGCUUUAGUGAGGAGCAUCCUGGAGGGAGACGCGAAGAUUCACCGGGCUGUAGUCACUUUCAACGCGGGUUCAGCCGUGUCAGAGGCCACGGUUCUUCUCCAAGCCACCAGGGCUGGGGGGGAGAUAGUCCUCCAAGACCUCUCCAGCGUUGCCCACCACCACCUGCACAACCGCACGGCAGAAACAGAGUGGUACCACGAUGUCAAAGACAGAAAGAAGCCCAGUUCCCGUAAAAAAGUGCUGAGCCAAGGUUUAAAACCAGCGGACAAUGCUUUAAAGAAAGGAGAGAGUUUCAUCCCAGAUAAGACGCAUGUCAAAUGGUCUGCGCCCUACCUGGAGUGUGAAAACGGGAAUUUUGUUCCACGUUGGCUUUUGACCUUAUCGGCUGCUUUCUAUGGCCUGAAGCCCAACCUGGCUCCUGAAUUCAGGGGCGUGGUGCGCGUUGACAUUAAUCUACAGGAUGUUGAUAUCGACCAGUGCUCCGCUGAUGGCUGGUUUGCUGGAAGUCAUCGAUGCAACCUGUCCACUAUGGAGUGUAUGCCGAUCCAUGGUCACGGGUUUGUCCUGGACAAGUACAAGUGCCAAUGCAAGACAGGUUUCUACCACCCGAGCAGAGUCGCUGUCAACAGUUUCUCGAGGAUGGGGAGAAAGGGAAAAGCCGCAGAUAGUGGUCCCAAUGCGGACGAGGGCUCCUCCAGCGACUGCCUGCCGUGCCAGCAGGGCUGCGCCUACUGCAAGGACGACCCCUGUGUGGCCCGAGAGGACGGAGCCCUCCGCAUGGCCGUGCUCUCCUUCCAGUGCCUCUGCCUGCUGAUUGUCUUUGUUAGCAUGGUGGUCAUCUACCACUUUCGCAGGAAUAAGAGUAUCAGAGCAUCGGGUCUAGUUCUACUGGAGGCCAUCCUGUGUGGAGCUCUGCUUCUCUACUUUCCGGUUGGGAUUCUUUAUUUCCAGCCGAGUGUUUUCCGCUGCAUCCUGCUGCGCUGGGUUCGACUGCUGGGUUUUGCCACCGUCUACGGGACUUUGACUCUCAAGUUGUACAGGGUGCUGAAAGUGUUCCUGUCCCGUACAGCCCAGAGAAUCCCGUAUUUGACCAGCUGGCGAGUGCUGCGUCUGCUGGGCAUCAUCCUGCUCAUCGUCUGCUGGUUCCUGGUGGCCUGGACAUCUGCCGUCUGUCAGAACCCGGACAGAAAGUUGGCUCUCAUCGACGUGGGCUACACGCCCAACGGGCUGCAGUUCAGCAUGUGCCUGCUGGAUCGCUGGGACUACAUGAUGGCUGUUGCUGAGUUCCUCUUCCUGCUGUGGGCGGUGUACCUGUGUUACGCUGUGAGGACGGUGCCAUCGGCGUUUCACGAGCCUCGCUACAUGGCCAUCGCUGUUCACAAUGAACUUGUCCUGUCAGCGAUAUUCUACGUCAUCAGGUUUAUUCUUGCUCCAGAGCUCCACCCAGACUGGAUGCUACUACUGUUCUUCACCCACACCCACCUAACAGUAACAGUGACACUGGGUCUACUUCUCAUCCCUAAGUUCCUGUUUGGUGGGACCCACGCGAGAGACGAUAUAGCCUCUGAGGCCUAUGAGGACGAGCUGGACAUGGGUCGUUCUGGGUCGUAUCUGAAUAGCAGCAUCACGUCAGCGUGGAGUGAACACAGUCUGGAUCCUGAGGACAUUCGGACACCAGAGGAAAUGGGCCAUCUCAGUUCUAUUAAUGGCUGUGGCGUAAGGUCUUGCAACAGUGUUUGGGAAAAACGUACCAACGAGGAGCUGAAGAAACUUUACUCCCAGUUGGAGAUUUACAAGAGGAAGAAGAUGCUGGCAAACAACCCUCAUCUCCAGAAGAAGCGGAGCUCCAAGAAAGGUUUGGGUCGGUCGUUGAUGAGGCGCAUCACUGAGAUCCCAGAAUCGGUGCACCGGCAAUGCAGCCGUGAAGACAAGGAGGUUGGGGAACAUGGUAGUAACCGUAACAGCAUCUGCAUGUUGAAGAAGAACCCCUUUGAUCAGACUCACCCAGGAAAGCCACCAAAGGAGGAGACGCUGAAGAACAAGGUUUUUUCCCUCAAGAAAUCCCAUAGCAGCUACGACCAUGUUCGUGACCAGAGUGAAGACUCCAACAGUUCAGCAACUGACAAGAUGGAGGUGGCCACCGCUGAAGGUUCUCUCCUGGAUACACUGAUGGGCAAGAAGUUGGUGAAGAAGAAGUCCGAUGAGAACUUAAGCCCCAGUGAGUCUACGGAAUCAGUUCCUUUGGUCUGCAAGUCAGCAAGCGCCCAUAAUCUCACUGCAGACAAGAAACCAAUUCCUUCCAAAGCCUCAAUGCUGCAGAAGUCUCUCAGUGUCAUAGCCAGCGCCAAAGAGAAGACUUUGGGUUUGACCGGAAAGAGCCAGAGCCCAGAGGAGAGCAAUAGGAAGAGUCAGCCAAAGAUCAAAGACGCAAGGGUCAAUGAAGAGCCAGAAAAUGAAUGCCAACCCAAGAUGAUUAUCAGCCAGUCGGUCGAGUACAAACAGACUGCGACAAAAGGCAGGAUCAUGAAGCAGCCGGUGAGUGGCAGCCAGCCUACCAUCUGUUCAGAUCCUGCCAAGGGAAAAGACCUCUAUGAUCUCUCUGAAGUGUGUCCCUGGGAAGUGGAGGAUCUUCCAACUCCGUCUGAAAACAAGGUCCAAAAGCAUGUCUCAAUUGCACCAGAAGAAACCACAACAGUUCAUGGAGGUAGCACCAAGGGAGGCAAGUCUCAGCAGCAGAAGCAGAAAUCUUCAGAUCAAUCUCCAACGAGUGGAAGACCCUCGAAAGACAUUCAGAGAACAACAGCAGUACGAGCGGAUGUAUGUCCUUGGGAAGAUGGGAAUGACAUUCAAGGGGGUCGAGAAGGAGGCUCAAAGCUGCAUCCAACAAGUCAGGCUAGCAAAUCUGCAAAGACCCAGCAGCCUCAUUCUUCAACAGAGAGCACCAAAACAUAUCAGGCAGAGGUUUGUCCAUGGGACUUCGAAGAGCCGCAAAAGACAACAGAGUUAGCUCGUUCACCAGAUUUGACGAAAAAAAGAAAAGACACCUCUCCUGUGGAUGGGAAAGGGAGAAGUACCCUUCCAGAAUCAUCCAAAACAGGAGUCUCUCUCCAGCCACCAACUGCAAAAGUUGAAGUAUGUCCUUGGGACUACGACAGUACUACAGAAUCUCCCAAUUCUGGACAGAGGACACCCAGUCCAUCUCGGGCGUCCAAAACCAAGGAAUCCCCUUCGAAAAAGAAGGGUUCCACUUCCACAAGAACGGUUGAGAAAGAGAAAUCAAAAGACGCUGAUGAUGAGAAAAGUAGAACAAAAGCUAAGGACAAGAGUAAGUCUUCAGAGAAACACAUGAGCCAACACAAAAUGGUUGAGGUAUGCCCAUGGGAUGUAGAGAGUCAAGAGGAGGUGCAGGUGGUAGAAAAAAGGAGAAGUGCAAAUGUUGGCGCAGCCAAAGCAAAGCCUGUGGAAGUCUGUCCUUGGGAUUUUGAGGAUACGUCAGAUAAAAAAGGUACAGACAAAAGUGCUUCUGUAGAGAAACAGAGCAGUCCAAAUCCUAAAGGUGGGGCUGUGAGUGCUGCUAAAAAGGCGGAUGUUUGUCCCUGGGACUUUGACGACAGCACGUCGGGCAAGAAGGCAUGACACUAAACCUAAAUGGACCACUGAGAUUAUACUUAUAGAUGUAUACUUUUUUUUCAGUUUGAAAUUGUUAAAUAUAAUCUCUUACUAUUAGCGCGGUGACUCGGAAGAAACGUUGAUCAAGUUCCACAAGUUGCCUUCUUUCCGAGAUAUUUGUUCAUGUUUUACCUAUUUUGAAAAUAUGUAAAAUGUACAACAACAACAAAAAAAAGUCAAGAUGAGCAUUCCAGAUUAUUGCAGGAAAAUCCUGAAGUUAAAUCUUAGACAAAUUAUGCAACUUUUGAUUCAGUCUUUUCACUUCAUAAGCAAUUUUGGAAAUUUGCAGUUAACAUGUUCUGUAUUCAGUUCUUACAUUGUUUUAUGUGUGUGCAUAAGCAUAAUCACUUAAUGGACUAGGAUAUGACAUGGCAAUAGAAAGUGUUUGGAUAAAAUAGGAUGACAUUUAGAUUUAUGUGCAAAACAGCAAAAGUGAAAGCCAAAGAUUAAGUGAAUAUUUGCAAAGAAAGGUGUUGGUUUAUAGUUAAUUUAAUAAUUUGUAUCCAACUCUUGGCAUUGAAAGAAGAACUCAGUGAGGAAAUAAGUCUAUUGCACUUUAGCCAAAUCCAUCAAUUAAGAGGACAAAAUAUUUUCUUUUUGUUCAUUUCAUGUCUUCUUUAUUUUAAUCACAGCAUGUUACAGGAUAUCAAACACCGACCAAACAUGACAUGUUUUUAUUCUUUUGGUUAGAUCUAUUUAAUUGUAGUUCUCGGCAGAUUAAAAUGCUUCCAAGUCUGCAGAGAAGAACUGUAUGUGCCUAACUAACUAGCAUUGUCUUGUACCAGUCUGAAGUGAAGCAAGUGGUUUCUUCUUCAGUAUUUUGUGACAGUGAAUUAUAUAAACAGCAUGCACAGCCAGGUAUUGAGAGUAGCUGGACCUGAACAUUUUUUUAAACUUAAGCAGUUCAUGUUUUGACAAAAAUCUAAUGUUGUUUUUAGUUCCUUUUUUUAAGUUCAGAGGCACUCAUUUUCCUGCUUUCAUAUUUCCACAUGCUUCGUCUGGGUUGUAAGCGUUAUAUAGGAGCAGCUUUAACAUGAAUGUGUGUCAAAUCCUCUCAUGUACAAUGUAAAAAGUAAGGAAAUAAUUUGCACCAGCUUUAUUUAUGUAUCCAGCAUGGGUCUUUGUGUUGACUUGCACCAAAAUGUGUGUUUCUCGUGUGUCUGUGUACACAAAAUGGUUAAUUUCCAGUAAAAAUGUCGAGCAGUACCUGAAAAAUUUAUCUCAUAAAUGAUAAAAGCCCUGGCAGUGGGUUCAACAUGUCUCAAACACAAACUAAAUCGGUCAACAGGUCAACAAUUUAACUCAACAAAUAGCUGAUUGAACCUGUUCCUACCUAACAAGCUCUUCUUAGUUGAUACGUCCAACCAAGGGAAUCAGCUGUUAGUGACCACAACAAAAAAAAAGCUUGGCUUAUUGAAGGUAUUGUUGGCAAUUCAAAGAUCUGGAAAGUCCCAUUGUAAUGUACCUUCGAGAGUAACUACUGCCGUGUUGUUCAGACAUUUGAAAUGCUUUAAAGGAAGAGAGAAAAAAAACGGUUAUUAUGAUGAAAAAUAGUCAGAUAAUGUGUUAUUUAAAUAUAUUUGGCAGAUUAACGAACAUAUAACACAGGAACGCUGGGCUAAAGCCAGGAAAAAGGUAUUUUUUUAUUUAAUGGGGUUGAACUGGUUAAAACAUUUUGUUGAUUUGUUAGAUAACUUGGUCUUAAAUUUAGGCCGUAUAUAGGAGUUGGACUUGGCCACUAGGAAGUCACCCAUUGGUUUAUGAAUGUUCAUUUUGGAGGCCUCCAAUUCAACAUUAUGGCCACCACCAUCUUGGUAUUUUAGAUCCAGAAGUGAUCAUAUGUGGACAAAAAAGGAGAUACACAUAGCUACGUCUCUCUCUUGGUUGAAAGGCUUCUGUGUCAAACACAUGAAGCCACGCCCUAAAGCAAACCUCCCUCCAGUUUACCCUCAAUUGCACCAUAAUAAGAGGUCAUAUUAAAGAGGAUUUUUAAGUAACAAAUGAGACCUCACACUCACAGGGGAAGUGCUCAAUUUCUAAUCUGGUCCUGCAUGAAAGGAGUUAUUUUUCUAAUCCAUGGAGUCGACCCCCUGCUGGUCAGUAGAAAGAAUGCAGGUUUAAGGCUCUUCUGCGUUGGGUUCACUUUUAAGAGGCUACACUGAUAUAUACAGUCAAGGACUAAAUCUGAGACAAGUCACAGGUCCUGACUUGUCAGACUUUGUUGUAUUUAUUUUGUCAUGUUUACAGAUCUUCGGGAAGAUUUCUACCAAUAACAAAUUAUUCACGACUAUUUUGUUUUAACAAAACUGUAAUUAUACUGCCAUUAUGUGAUGUCAGUGUAGUGCUCAAUCGCUUUUUUUUCAUGUGCGUAUUGAGGGUUUUCAAAUUGUGUAAUGCAUGUUUCGUUCACUUUAAAACUUAAGCCCAGUUGAUUGAUAAAGAUGAUCAUUAUAGAACUAUAGGCUCUGCGAUGUGGCUGUCAGUUAAAAAUCAGACUGAACCUUUGAAAGGUUUUAUUUGUUCAGUGUUUUGUAUCAAAAUGUUGAAAUAUUCAUCAUGCACUAUCCAUCCUGGGGUUACAGCAAAAAAAAAGAACUCUCCCUCUUAUAUUUAACUGUUGAACAGACGACAUUAUCACAGUUUGUGAGGAAAACUAUGUAUCAAUAUAGCAUCUACAGCAGAUUACAGUAUAUUGUGAGAAUAACACGGUAUCACUGAAUGUUGUCACUGAUUGUUAUUAUCUAUAAUUGCUGUCAAAUUCCUAAAUAUCCAAACUCAGCAGGACUUAUUACUAAUUGUGGUUUUGAAAAAAAAAAAAUCCUUCUUGUGAGUGAGAAUUUUCCAAAGUCUUAAUAUAGUCGCUAAGUUUGUUUGGCACAAGUCAAAUCAAAAUAAUCCAAUGUGUAGCUAAUUGUGUUAGACGUGCAACAAGACUCUAUACAGCUAAGCUCUAUAAACAGGAUUUAGAUGCUAUGUCUUAUACCUUCGGAGGAGUUAUGUCAGCCGUUCACCUGUGGGUGCCUCGCAUGAAAUAUUUCAAACGUUGGGGUGUGUUUUUGCCUGACGGCGUGAGAUUUGUCAGCACCUCCGCUUUAUGAGCUCCAUAAGGAUGGUGUCUGAAGGAAGACUGUCAGCGUGCAUGGAAUGAUUGUAAUGCUUUGAUGGAUCUAUUCAAUAUUUAUGAACCAGAUGUUAGACGUCAUCCAUCAUUUGCAUUGUGGUACUGUGUGCACGAUCAUAUCACACCAUGGUGGUG